AUGGUGCUGCUUACGACGUCGGACAAUGAGCAUUUCACCGUGGAUCGCGAUGUGGCAGAGCGGUCUGUUUUGAUCAAGCAGAUGAUCGAAGACAUUGGCGAGACAGACCAGCCUAUUCCAUUGCCCAAUGUUAGCUCCAGUGUACUUACCAAAGUGCUUGAAUACUGCAGUCACCACCGGCACGAUCCACCUGUGCCCGCUGAUGACACUGACGAAAUGCGUCGUCGCGCCACAGACAUAUCCGAAUGGGAUGCCAAGUUUAUUCAGGUUGACCAGGAAAUGCUGUUCGAAAUCAUUUUAGCGGCCAACUAUCUCGAUAUCAAGAGCCUUCUCGAUAUCGGGUGCAAGACAGUGUACGUAUGA